GAAAUUAUUUAAAUAUCUUAAAAAUGGGAUAGGGAUCAUCCAAAUUUUACGCAGUUCCAGUGGGAGAGAAGAAAGAUGGAGAAAGUCAUGUCUAUAGAAAUCCAAAUAAUACUCAUAAGCUUCUAGAUAACUUUGAAGGAGAAACUACAGUUUAAGGAAUUUUCUUAAGAUCUUGCCAGAAAUAUCCAAACAAUAGAUGCUUGGGCAAGUAGGUAGUCACGGGAGAGAAUAGUAGACAUUAUGUUUACAAAACCUAUCUUGAAGUCAGAAAUGUUGCAGAAUAGCUUGGGUCAGGUAUAAAGAAUUUGAAUUUGAUUCCAAAUCCAGUGAUGUAUGAGGGAUAGGAAUUGAGAAUGAUAGGAAUAUUCUCGAAAAACAGAGAAGAAUGGCUACUUCUUGAUAUAGCGAAUACAUUGUAUGGAAACACAAUGAUUCCCUUAUAUGAUACAUUAGGAUUGGAAAGUAUUCCUUACAUUCUAGAGCAAACUUAGCUAAGCACCUUAUUCAUUUCAAGUACUAGUGUGGAAACUCUUUUAAAAGUAAAAGAGUGUCAUGCUCUAAAGUUUGUCGUCACAUUUGAUGAAUUACCUUAAGAUAAGGUUUAACAGUUUAGCGAUAAAGGAAUAAAAGUAUUUAAUUAUGAAGAAGUAUUGAAUGCUGGAAAGGAGAAAAUUCAUCCACUUGCCGAAGUACAUGGAAAUGACAUAUUCACAUUCAGUUAUACAUCAGGAACUACUGGAAUGCCAAAAGGUGUUAUGUUAAGACAUUUAAAUUUUGUCACAGUAGCAGGAGGAGUUGUUUAUUAGGGAAUUUAACUAUAUCCAACUGAUGUCUAUUUGAGUUAUCUACCAUUGCCUCAUGUGUUAGAGAGAGUUGUAGUAACAGCAUUACUUGGAUUUGGCUGCACAAUCUGUAUGUAUGGCGGAGAUGUAUUAAAAAUCUCUGUUGAUAUUUAAUUGGUAAAGCCAACUAUUUUUGUGAGCGUUCCUAGAUUGUAUAGAAGAUUGUACAAUGCAAUUAAAGAAAAGGCAGAAAAGGUAGAAGGAUAUAAAAAAACUUUAUUUGAAAAGGGGUUAGCCAGCAAGAUGUAUUAUUUGUAAAAUGGAGGACAUGUUUAACACAAAGUUUGGGACAACUUAGUAUUCAAAGCAACAAAAGAAGCAUUUGGUGGUAGAGUCAGAUUAAUGUUAUCUGGAUCAGCACCAAUGUCACCUGAAGUAGUAGAUUUCUUGAAAUGUGUUGUGUGUGCUCCAUUCCUUGAAGGAUAUGGUCAGACUGAAGGAUGUGGUGGUUCUUUCAUUAGUAGAGCUGAUGACCCUAUUAGUGGACAUGUUGGAGGUGUCUUCUCAAACAUCGAAUUUAAAGUUGUUGAUGUUCCAUAAAUGAACUAUUUUAGCACUGAUAAAGAUGAACAAGGAAGACCCACUCCUAGAGGAGAAAUCUGCAUUAGAGGAAAUGGAUUGUUUGCUGGAUAUUACAAAGAACCUGAAAAAACAAAGGAAAUGAUUGAUGCUGAUGGCUGGAUGCAUUCUGGAGACAUUGGAUUGAUCAGACCUGAUGGAUCUUUAAAGAUUAUUGAUAGAGUUAAAAACAUUUUUAAGUUAAGUCAAGGUGAAUACAUUGCUCCAGAAAAAGUGGAAGGAGUCUAUCUGAAGGUUAAAGGAAUUGCUGAAGUAUUUGUCUAUGGAGAUUCAACCAAAAGCUUUUGUGUAGCUAUUAUUGUUCCUGAAAAACCAUUUGUCUUAGACUUAGCAAACACAUUAGGAAUCUAAGGUUCAUUUGAAGAGUUGUGUGCAAAUGAUAAAGUAAAUAAACACUUUUUUGAUGAAAUGGUUAAAAAAGGUAAAGCUGAGAAAUUGAAUGGUAUGGAAAAUGUCAAGAAAAUCUACAUAGAACCAACUUCCUUUAUUGCUCAUGGUUUAACUAGUAAUACACUUAAGUUGAUGAGACACAAGGCAAGGGAACAUUUUCUUAAAUAAAUUGAGGCUAUGUAUUAAGGAAGCGAAUGAAUAUGAGAAACACAUGUUAAAAAUACAAUUAUCAUUAUACAGUUU